UAUAAAAGCGGAGGUGGACAACUACUGGAUGGGCAGUUCAACUCCAGCCAUCAGUAGCGUCUCUUAAGAACUUCUCUCAAGGUGAAGCUUAGAAGCUGUAUCCCCGACACAAACGCUGAUUGUCUCAUAACAACCUGAAGUAUCACCACCAUGGCUGAUCAAGGUGCCACCCAGACUCCUACUCAGACUCCUACCCCGACUCCCGCCCCGACUCCCACCGGUCGUCCCCCGAAGAUAUCCAACCGCGGUCGAGCGGCAGGUCCCGUCGACAGCUCCAACUCCGAAACAAGUGACAUCCCAGAGAUCGAGUUCUUUGGAGCACCUGGCCCAAGAGGAUAUCCACCUCUGACAGAGUUUCUGGACAUCUGGGAUGUUGACAUGAUAAAAAGGCCUGAUGAGUACAACAAGAUUGAGCACCACACCAUGCUCUUCAACUCUGACCACCUCAUCGUCCGUAGAGGUCAGGAGUUCCGGGUGAAGAUAACCUUCAAUCGUCCCUACAAUUCUGAGGAAGACAGGUUUGCUCUGGAGUUUGUCAUCGGCUCCAGCCCUCAGUACAGCAAGGGAACAUACAUGCCCGUCUUCCCCACAAAGGAUCGUACGAGCCCCUGGGAAGGCCGCGUCGUAGAGACCUCAGACAACAUCGUCACUAUGGGCGUCACCCCAGCGGCCAACUGCAUUGUGGGGAAAUAUCACAUGUAUGUUGCUGUGCUGACUCCUUUUGGCAUCCGCAGGACCAGACGGGACAACACCCGCGAUCUUUACAUCCUCUUCAAUCCCUGGGAGGCAGCUGAUGCUGUGUUUCUGGAUGAUGAUAAAGAGAGGGAAGAGUGUGUGAUGAAUGAGAUGGGGAUCAUCUAUCACGGUGCCUAUGAUGACAUUGCUGAGAGGGACUGGAACUAUGGACAGUUCAAUUAUGGAGUGCUGGAUGCCUGUCUGUACAUCAUGGACAGGUGUGAAAUGCCCAUCAUUAACAGAGGGGACCCCAUCAAGGUGACCAGAAAGGCCUCUGCCAUGCUGAACUCUCGUGAUGACGAGGGCGUGUUAGUGGGGAACUGGAGCGGGGACUACACCUAUGGAGUGGCACCCACUUCCUGGACUGGCAGCACCGACAUCCUGCUCAGCUAUUCCAGCAGCAGGAUGCCCGUCUGCUACGCGCAGUGCUGGGUCUACGCUGCCGUGUUCAACACCUUCCUGCGUUGUCUGGGCAUCCCAUCCAGAGUGGUCACCAACUACUACUCUGCUCACGACAACGAUGGAAACCUGAAGACUGACAUAAUCCUGGAGGACAGUGGCAGAAUAGACCGAAAGCGCACCAGGGACUCUAUCUGGAACUACCACUGCUGGAACGAGUGCUACAUGUCCAGACCAGACCUCCCUCAGGGCUUUGGAGGUUGGCAGGUAGUGGAUGCAACGCCACAGGAGACCAGCGAUGGGAUGUACAGAUGUGGACCUGCAUCAGUCCAUGCCAUCAAACAUGGACAAAUUUGCUUCCCAUUUGAUGCUGCCUUUGUGUUUGCAGAGAUUAACAGCGAUGUGGUGUUUUAUUCCCGGAGGAAAGAUGGGACCUUGGAUCCAGUCAAGGUGAACCGGACUCAUGUCGGCCGCAUGGUUAUCACCAAAACCCCAGGAGAGGAGACUCGCCGUGACAUCACUCAUCAAUACAAGUUUGCCGAAGGCAGCAACGAGGAGCGGACCGUCCUGGAAAAGGCAGAGGAGUACGGGUGCAAACGGGAGAAGAUCAAUCCUGCUCUGGCUGAUGUGGACGUGAACCUGCCGAGCCUUGAGAUCAGUGUGGGAGAGGACUUUGAGCUGGACCUGGAGUUUGUAAACCACAGCAACCAGCGGCGCACGGUGGAAGCCUACGUCAGUGGGAGCGUGGUGUACUAUACUGGAGUUUCAGGCUACGAGUUCCUGUUCAAGACCCCCACCGUGACACUUGGGCCGGGAAAAACCGUAAAGGAAUUGGUGAUGGUGGAGUCGAAGAGCUACAUGGAGCAUCUGUUGGAACAAGCAAACCUCAACUUCAUUGUCACCGGGAAGAUCAAGGAGACCGGCCAGAUCGUCACCACAAUGAAAGUUGUCAUCCUGAAAAAUCCCAAACUCAUCAUCGAGGUGUCUGGAAAAGGCAAAGUCAACGAAGAAAUGAUUGCGACUUUGACUUUUACAAACCCCUUCAGCUACAGUCUGGAGGAUGUCAACAUCCGAAUGGAAGGACCGGGGAUCAUGCUGCCCAAGAGCAAAUAUUACAGUGUGAUCGCAGGAGGUUCCUCUCUGACCUGGACCGAGCUGUUCACCCCGCAGCGACCUGGCAGAACCAGGGUGGUCGCUACUCUGGACUGUCCCACUCUCAGACAGGUCCACGGCCAGGCGUCCAUCACCAUCAAGCCCUGAAGAGCGCUGCCGCUGCCCCGGGACCCAGUAUCACUCAGCUUCAGUUAUACUUCAGCUCAGUAAUGGGCCUAUUACACAAACAUGUAACAAGCUUUGUUUAAACAUAUAUGAUAUGGUACUUUUAAUAGUCCAGAAGUUAUAUGAGUAACAGUUUCUUUCGAUACUGUAAUUGGAAAAAAAAAAAAAAGUUUGGUUUUUGUUCUUUUGUUUAUUUACUUUAUAGAGAAAGUGAGUCCACAAAAAUUGAUGUAUUUCACUAUUCAGCCCCAAAGUUAAAGGAAUAUUCCAUAGUUAAAUCAGCCCGAGGUGCAUUACUAGGUGGUGAUACAUUCAAACCUUCAUUAGAGAUAAUAAAUAAUGUUAAAUGUAACAGUUUUGAUUUGGAAAAUAUAUGUUUACAGAAUAUUACAGACUUUUAUCAACAUAGGAGCAAACAGGAAAGACAUCCCCGUACAAAUAGUCCUUGUUAUACAUGUACUGUAUGUACACACAGAAAGUUAAAUUACCCUUAUUUGUCUCUAGGGAAAGUAUCCACACUGUCGCUUAAGUGGACUGACAUUUUGAGUUUUGUCAACCAUUUGUAAUAAAUAAUUAUUCUGACAUCACGACUUGUCCUCUGGGAUAACAUCAUUGGCCACUAAAUCGCAAACUUGUAUUCCGUUUGAGCUCAAAACAAAUUCAAUUCACAUUGUUUUGAUGAGAGUUGACGCUUAUCACCACCUUAUAAUAGGCCUACGUUUCAUUCAACUCCAGAAAGCUCCUUCAGUGGGUUUGUAACUAUAAAGAGGUCAAAUGAUGCUGCAAACAUCACAAAUCCAGCUCAUAGACAUAACAUGUCAGCUGAUCACUUCACAUUUCAGCAAGCCAGAGGAUAUUUUAUUAUCCCUCUGAUGUCUGAUCAGUUUUCAGUUCAAUCCUGUGACGAAUGCCAUCUCUUUAAACGCCACUUUAGGUUUAUUGG